AUGAAAUUGGUUGAUAUUUUAUUUGUACUGACUGCAGCAGCAACUGCCAAUGCAAUAUUGAUACCGACUGAUAAUAAUGGCUCACCACAAGUAUCAAGCACUUCCAGUCAAGUGUCUGGCCCAACUGAUGAACCUAAUCCAGGCACUUCAGAUGAAUAUCAGCAAGAACCAGUGGAUUUAAGCCUUUCCGGCCGAAUCCGACAACGGCCAAUGGAUCAACCCGGUCCAAAUACUCCUAAUCAAGGUCAACGACCAACUGUGAUUGUAGCUGGUCCAAGUACUUUCAAACAAGGCCGAAAGCGCAUAAUGGAUGUGAUUGAUUUACUGAUUUCCAGACAAAACCAGCAACAACAAAUUGAUGAAGUUGAUCCAAACGCUUCCAAACAAAGUCAGCAACAACAAUCAAUGGAUCAACCCAGUCCAAGUACUCCAAAACAAAGUCGGAAACGGCCAAUCAAUGAAAUCAGUCCAAGCAUUUCCAGUCAAGCGUCUGGCUCAACUAAUGAACCCAGUCCAAGUGCUCCAAAACGAGAUCGAAAACAACCAAUUGAUGAACAUGGUUCAAGCAUUUCCAGACAAGACCAACAACAACCAAUGGGACAAGGCGAGUCUGCUAAUAUUGUUCCAAAUCAAAUAGCUGGAUUAAGCCAAAAAUACCAGAUAACCUUUAAUCGUAUAAAGCAAAAGCUUGAGUUGUCUAAAAUAAUACGAAACAAAAAACUCAAAGAAUAUUGUGAUUAUGCAGCCCUCAGAUUCGAACAAUGGUCUGCGCUAGAAAGGGGAGAAGAAAUAUCUGGAUCAAGAUACGAUCCAAAGGUUGAAGACCAAUUGAAACAAGAUUAUAGAAAGGCAGGAACAAGAGUGUGCAAGUUGAGGGAUCAAUUGAAAAAGUUUAUGAAAAGGCGUGGUUUGAAAUUGGAAGAACUGGGUUUGGAUUUGGAUUGA